GCGCAGAGCCAUGCAAUGCUUUAGCUGGGAGUGACCCCGGCUCUCACGUUUGUCUGCUCCAGCCCCGGCUCCUGCCCGAGACCUCACUGCACCCCAGAACCUGCUUGCAAGCCGGGACCCUAUGGAGAAUCCAAUUCCUGAUGCAGCCAUCUGGCUCCAUGGAGUAAGGUUGCAGCAUCAUGCACCAUGCUGGUGAUGUCACGGGCGCCACGGAAGACAAAGAGAGCAUACAGCCGGUCCAUUGGGGGUAGGAAAUCAAACUUAAGGAGCACGCACAUCCAGUGCUACCUGUGCCUCAUUUUAAAUAGCCAUUUCUUUACUUUUUUGACUGAAGCCGGAACACAUUUCUUCAUCCUCAGCUGUAUCAGUGCCCAUCUGCCUAAAACCGAAGCUUCUAACUGGCAGGAUGUCAUAAGUGAUUUGGAAUACAUUCAACUUCUCAUCCGAGAUUUAGAUAUUGAUACUACUCUGUAUACUGAAAGCAAUGCCCAUCCAAGUUGUAAAAUCACCAUGAUGGGAUGCUUCCUUCUGGAGCUUCGUGUGAUUUCCUAUGAAUGUAAUAAUAUCAAAAUCAGUGAAACAGUAGAAAAUAUCAUCAUCAUUGCCAAUCACACAUUAUCAUCAAACAGGAACAUCGCCGAAUCAGGAUGCAAAGAAUGUGAGGAACUGGAGGAAAAAAGUGUUAGAGAAUUUUUACAGAGCUUCAUACGCAUAGUCCAGUCAUUUAUCGGCACAUCUUAACGUUAUUUGCUGCCCUUUCGUCGAUUCUGUCAGUGAAAACUUUGUGUGAACUUCUGGGGCAGGGACUCAUCUCCAAGAGCCACCAGAAUUCAUCUUUCUGUCGAGAUAAUGAUCAAGACCAUGGAAUUAAUUUCCAUCACAGAACAAAGAUGGAAAAUGAACCGACAAGUAUCUCGUGACCUCUUUUGUCUUUUUCUUUUUAAUUUAUUAUUGAAACUCUACAAUGUCCUACGAUUAGUUUUAAGUUGCAUCCUAAAUGACAUGGCCUUUUGGCCCUGAAUUAGGUCUCCCAUUUAAAGAACAGAUGUAUUUGAACAAGAUCUUUAGGAAGAGAUGAAAUAGGGAUGGUUAGGUGGUGCAGAAGAUGGAGCACCAGCCCUGGAGUCAGAAAGACUUGAGCUCAAAUUUGACCUCAGGAACUUACUAGCAGUGUGAGUCUCUUAACCCUGAAUGCCUCCAAUAAAAUAAAAUAAGAUAGCAGCAAGGUACAGUGAAAGAGUGCUGAAUUUGGAGGAAAAGAACAUGAGUUCAAAUCCUGCUUCUAAUACUUGGUACCUGUAUCACCUGGGGCAAGUUACCUAACCUUUCUGGGU